UCAGUAUUUUGAACAUAAUAUUAUAAAGUAAACUAAAAUUGGAAACCUAACAAAAAUAUAUUCGAAAAAACAAUAAUAAAAAAGAAUGAUAAAAUUUGAUGUGGCUGCUGGUGGCAGCAAAUUGGCGGACCCCAUCUUCCAGGUUACAUUCUUGUCGUUUUCUAGCUUCCUAACACAGAGCUAUAAUCCCCUGCUCCAGAGAGCAUAGUAAUACCUACACCUCCGAGUAAAAAUCAGCCACGUUUCCUUUAUAGAGACACAAGUUGGUGUGACGCUGACAAUAAAAUAAAUAAGUUUGAUAAAACGUAGGAACCAAAAAAAAAAAAAAGCUGAAACGAGAAAAAUUUCGAUUCUAUUACUCGUAAAAGCUUCUUUUGAUUCUCUUUGACUCUGUUUUGUGGGUAGCUCCUGAAGAAGAAGAAGAUGAUGGUAGUGAACAGCUUUGAUCUAUGGCAAAAAGAUGUUUUCUUCUCUGCAGCUGAAGAGGUUCAAAAAUCUGCAGAUAUAAUGGAGUCUGCUUAUAGAUUGUGGGUUAGAGAGAAGAAAGAUGAGAUCUGUAAAGAACUUCAAGCAGCUUUAGGUACAGCUAAAUGGCAGUUGGAGGAGUUUGUGAAGGCGGUAAGAUUGAGUCAUAAACGGUGUGGGGAUGAUGAUUCUACGUUGACACGGCAUAAACAGUUUGUUACCGCUAUUGAAAACCAGAUUCAUCGUGUAGAAACUUCUCUGCAAGAGGCUUAUAGUGAGAAUGGAAAAGAGCCUCUUCGUUGGGUUGAUCUUAAUGAAGAAGAGCGUGAUGACUUGGCCAUGUUUCUCUCUGGAUCUUCUCGAAUUUCAGAGAGUUUUAGUGGUGAGAGCAGCAUUGAGUCGAGAGAGUCUACUAAUAGUUCCCUAGUUGAAAAUCUUCCAGGGAAGAACAGAAUGGAAGUAAACUGUAAAAAAGAGACAUUCAAGAAAGUGAAAGGUUGCGGUAAUGGCUCUGAAUGUGUUAUAGAUAUUAAAGAAAGAGUAACACCGGGAAAUGCAGAUGCGAGGAUUCGCCAAGAAGAGAAAUCAGUUGGGAUGAGAAGAAUAUGGAGUUCACCAAAUUUCAAUUCUUUGAGGAUUAUAGUUCCUGGUGGUGAUAAUGAAGAAGAAAAGGAGACAUUGGUGGCACAAAUCGAAGCGACGCCUAAAGUGAAAGGAACUAAGUCUGUAUUGUGGAUGCAGAGACUUCCUGAUCAUAGUCAGCUCUUUGACAAGACUGGUUGCUUCCAAAAUCCGAUACGCUUACCAUUUAAUCACCCGAUCAAGCUCACUGUUUCCGUAAUGCUAAUGGUGUUUCUUCUAUUACCCUUUGUAGUGUAUUCAUCUUGAGAAUUCAACCACGGUUCAAAACUGUCAAGAAGUUAAAGAGAUCAGCUUUCACGUCUAAUGGUUAGGAUGCAUAAUCCCACAAGAACAAACAUUAAAAAGCUUUUCCUUUCUGAAAUGUAAUUUACAUGUAUUUACUUUAACUUGUUGCUUUGGUUCUUUAGAGAACAUAUAGAAACAUAGAAACUUGUGAGAUUAAGUAAAGGGAGUAGAUAACAUCAAAGUACAUGAAGCUAUUCUCAAAACUUAAAUUUGGGGAGACUGCAUGCCAUGUGUGUUUUAAAUGUUGUAUUUUUUUUCGUCUUUA